AUGAAUGACCGCCUCGCUUUUUUAGAGGAGCUCGAAGAGGAACUAAAAAAAGUUGAAGAGCUUGUGCAUGAAAUAGAAGCUCCUGUUAUCAAUCUCAAGAGCGCCAAUGAUGCAAACGAAACUGAGGAGGAGCUUUUUGUUCUGCCAGAUCAUGAAAAAGUCAAUUCGACUUGGACUUGUGAAGCUAAGCAUCACACUUGCGUGAGAUUUUUUGAAGAGUACAAGCAUUGGAAAGAUGCGCAAAAACAUUGUCAUCUGCACAAAUCCCAUUUAGCUCGAAUUUAUGAUGAAAACUACCUUCAUUUUCUCGAUACUUUUCGCAAUCGCCAACGAGAUAUCAACGGAUUCAACGCAUCUGCUUGGCCAGAAGGGACCCUCAGACCCGAAGGCAUGGAGCCAGUAUCGGCUUAUUCAGAAUUUUGGGUGUAUUACAAUGAUAUAAAAAAGGACUCCGAGGGAAAUUAUCGAAUAGAUCGAUGGAAUGUCAACGACGGAACGAACAAAACCCAUGACUUCCGGAGGAGACGACAAGCGGAUGAUGAGGAAGAAGACGACCCCUACCCGGCUGAUAAUUUUCUUAACGAUGGCUCGAAAGGAAACAAUUUUGAUUGGGAUGACAUCGAUGAGCAGGGAAUGUGGGCAGAUGACGAUCCCAACUCCCUCGACCCCAACGACGACGACUGUGUCUAUCUAAACAAGGAUCUCAAGCUUGGCGACACCAGAUGCGAUGUCGACGAGAAAUUCUUCAUUUGCCAAACUCUUCCUCGGAACAGCGUCUUUCACGUCUAUCAUCAAGUUUUCAGCGAGGAAUGCAACCCGAGCGAUCCUGACUGCGACUUCUUCCGCAUUGAAGACAUAAUUGCACUGAGAAACAAUGAACGGUGUGAAAGUGUAGACUCUGAUGACUGUUUUAUCUUCAAAGGACCGUCGGGAAAUCGAAAUAAUGCCACUUCCUGGCUCAAUAUGAAGCCUUUUCGAUAUCUGGAAAAUCAAGGAGGACUGUAUUUCAAAAUGCAGUGGACUCCCGGAUUCGAUCUUUCCUGCAAUCAAAGAAGCUACGAAUGUGUUGAGAAAAAGCACGGACAUUUCAUCACGUGGUAUCAGGAAGAAAAUCCAUUUACGAAUACAACUUCUCCAGACACGGCAAGAAAUGAUGAUGAGCGAGAUGCAAUCAACAACGAGCGCGCUAGAAUAUUUCCUCAGAAUGUGACAUUCUUUCCUGGCAAGAACUUCGAGGAGAUUUUUGGAGGAGAAUUCAAAGAAUGCGAUGGGCUGGCUUUUAAUGGACUUGGAUUUGGAAUGGAUCAGUCUAGCUUGUUCACUGGAAUCUUGAAUUACGAGCAGUUUUAUCAAGUCGGAGCGACAACUGCUUUCAGAGCUCAAAGUGACUCAAGCUCGAGUGAUACGGGUUGCCCCGAAGAUCAAAUCGGGUCAAAAGGAGGCAAGAAAGGAGCAAAGGGUCGUUUAUUCGGCGAACAAGAAUUCGACACGGACUAUAACUGGGGAAAGCCGGUGCAUGGAAUUGACUUGUGGAUCAGUAAAAUGCCCUUCCCAUCUCAAGGCACCUACAAUUGCACCAGUGAUUUAUACGGAGAUUACCAAGGCUUCAUGAACGGGACUCAGCAAAAUUCGAAUGACACAUCAGCUGCUGAAAAUUUCUUGGCAUUUACUUGUCGAAUGCCUCCGCCUCCGGAAGAAAUCCCUCCACCAACUAUUGUACCGGAAGUGCCAUAUGUUCCUGGAGCAGCUGAAACGCUUGGAGCUGCGGCUGGUGGAGCUCUUGGUGGAUCCCUUGUUGGAACUCUUGCGAUUAAGGCCGCUCCAAAGACACAGGUGUUCUUCCAAGAGGCUGCAAAAGGCUUUGCUCUUUGGUUGAACAAAAAAUUCUUCGCAAUGCCUGAAAUGAAGACGAAAUCAACUGCUUAUCAUCCAGAGCCAAAGAAGCCAAAGUCUCAUGCGAAGACUCAAUAUCUUGAUCCUUCUCUUUUGAUCGAGGAACAUCUUCAUCGGCAAGGAUUCAAGAAAUAUCUGAACGAAAACGGCGAAGUUGAAAAUCAAGUUAAAAUUGACGAUGAAAAUAUUCCCGAAGAAGUUGAUAUCUCAGACAUUGAUAUAAACGAAGAAGAUGUCGACUUUUCUGAAGAUAUUGCUGGCAACGAACAUGAUGAUGAACAGGAGGAGCAUGAUGGUAAACCACUUCUCAAAGAUUUCUCGACAAAUAUCGAUCUUCUGGACUACGUCGACUUCCACGACUGGGAAGAUGAUACUGAUGAGACGGAGCAAAAGGUGUAUGUCGAUGUGGAAGAAAUCGAGAAAACUACGGAAAUGGCGAAACGAAUCGGAGAACUUGAUCGGGCCUGCGAACCGAGAUGCGAUUUGUUACCGGGAUCAACCUCUUUCUCUUCAUUUUACCCGAAAAAGGUUCCGAAAAACAUAGAAGGAACGAUCAAGGCAAAGGCGAAGGACUUCCUGUUGAAGAUAAGCGUCGAUCUUGUUCAAAAAGUCAAUACAAAACUUCUUCCAGUAGAAGAGUUAGAGCAAAUCAACUUCGAUAGAAUUCUCUUCCCGCCUGAGAAAUUCGAUGCUCAAUUACAGGCGUACAUGUACCCAGAUCAAGAAACACAACCGUUCGGAAUGAGCCCAACACUACCUGGUUUCUGGGUGACGAAGAAACUCAACACUAAAGAAGACCUGAGGACUCACAUGGUUAAAAUCAACACGGAGAGUUCAGAAGAGGGAUCAGAGAAAGAUCAAGAAUGA